CGAUCGAUGAAAUUGAUAGGACUUACGGGAGGCAUUGCCUCAGGGAAAUCGACGGUAUCUCGUAUGCUGAGAGACCAGCAGUUGCCCAUCAUCGAUGCCGACUUGAUUGCCCGACAGGUGGUCGAACCGGGAAGAAAAGCGAAUCGUCUUGUUCGACAGCAUUUUGGCGACGACGUGUUUCUGCCGGAUGGCCAUUUGGAUCGAGCGAAACUGGGAGACAUUAUUUUUCGGGAUCCUCAGAAACGCCAAGUUCUGAAUCGAUGCAUUCAUCCUUAUGUGAAACUGGAAAUCCUCAAACAAGCCGUUUUGCACUGGUUAAAAGGCGCCGAUAUGGUGAUUUUUGAUGUACCUCUCUUGCUGGAAGCUGGGUUGGACAAGUUUAUGGGUACCACCGUCGUGGUCUUUUGUUCAGAUGUGCUGCAGUUGCAACGACUCAUCAAACGCGAUGGACUAUCGGAAGAACAAGCGAAUCAACGCAUUACAGCCCAGAUGCCCAUGCAUGAAAAAGUGGCUCGAGCCGAUAUCGUUUUGGAUAACUCGAGCGAUUUACCACAGUUAGAGAUCCAAGUGAAAAAUAUGGUCAAGAAACUUCGUCCUUCGACUGUCACCUGGUUUCUCGAGUACGCCGGCCCUCCCGCAGCCUUUGCCAUCUCCGUUGUAGCUUUCAAAACUUAUGCACCAUACCUCAUCCGCUUUGUGAUGAACUACGUAUCUCCCUCACCACACUGAGGUCUCCAUUGAAUGCAUACAUUAGGUGUGAUUGUUUAUUAUAUUUCUAGGCAGGGUGAUUUUCGAUAGUAGGCGAGACGGGUUGAAAGGAUCGACGAAUGUACA